AUGUCUGCCAAUUCACCAGAAAAGAAAUCUCCUACAAACGACGCUGGCGUAACAGUUGGCGAACAAAAUGAUCUCGAGGUAUCGAGGGAUGUCGAGAAAUUAAAAGGACAGGGCGAAGCUGUAGUACACUUGACACGUUGGCGGUUGUUCUGGGUUAUGGUUGGCCUUGGCCUCGCAAUCUUUCUCGCUGCGUUAGAUCAAACGAUUAUUGCAACUUCGCUAUACAGGAUAGGCACCGAUUUUAAUGCAUUGAACGAAAUUGCCUGGGUUGCAACCUCAUAUCUUUUAACCGCGACAGCAUUCCAACCGACAUAUGGAAAGUUUUCCGACAUAUUUGGAAGGAAGAUAACGUUUUUAUUUGCCAUUUUGGUAUUCGAAUUGGGCAGUUUGUUAUGUGGCUUAGCACCAAAUAUGACGACGCUGAUAAUAUUCCGAGCUAUAGCAGGAAUUGGUGGUGGUGGUAUUAUAGGUUUGGUAAUUAUUAUAAUUGCAGACAUUGUUAGUCUCGAAGAAAGAGGAAAAUACCAAGGACUUAUUGGGGCAGUGUUUGGAAUUGCAUCAGUCGUUGGUCCUCUGUUGGGUGGGGCUUUUACUGAUCACGUAACUUGGAGAUGGUCGUUCCUAAUUAAUUUACCGUUCGGUGCGAUAACCCUCGCUGUUAUAAUUAUACUAUUACACCUUCCCCGACCACGAGGGUCGUUAUUGAAAAAACUUGGUCGUAUCGACUGGUGGGGUACACUUUGUUUAGUAUCCGCUACGGUCGCUUUACUACUUCCCUUAAACUGGGGCGGCGAUCAAUACGCUUGGAAUGAUCCCAUAAUUAUCUCCCUUCUCGUCGUCGGUGGUGUCUUGUACAUAGUGUUCGCGGUUGUCGAGGGAUACGUAGCCGUGGAGCCUAUCGUUCCGCUUCGACUGUUUAGAGACCGAAUCUUGUUAGGAUGUAUUUUGGUAAAUUUAUUCCAGGGCAUGGCAUUCUUAGGCGCCAUCUAUUAUGUUCCCAUAUAUUUCCAAGUCAUCCACGGUGCUUCGGCAACCACUGCCGGAUUAGAGUUGAUACCAUUCAUUCUUGGUGUUGUUAUUGCGUCAAUUGUAUCGGGACAAGCCAUGUCAAGAGCACCGAACAUAAGGAAACAAAUAUUCUGUAUCGUUGGUGGUGCACUUAUCGUUGUGGGAUCGGGUUUGACGUCUACAUUUGACAUUGACACAAAUCGUGGAAAGCAGAUUGGGUAUUUGUUCAUUCUGGGAAUUGGAGUUGGGCUGAUCAUGCAGACGACGUUGUUGAUUGGACAAGCUUCGGUCGUAUAUUCGGACAUUGCUAUUAUUUCUGCGGUCCUGGUAUUCUUUAGGACGAUUGGAUUUGUGUUCGGUGUUGCCAUCGUAGGCACAAUCUUCAAUAAUGAACUUCGGCAUCAAAUCGACAUACUAGGGAUAAAUAUCACUUUCGACGUUCUUAAGAAGAACCCGCAGAUUAUCGGCAGUCUUCCACCAAUAAUUCAGGGUCAGAUUAUAAAUGCCUAUGUCCAAGCAUUACAGCUAGCAUUCACGUGUAUAAUUCCGAUGGGUGGUCUGUGUUUCCUGUCUGCUUUCUUGCUUGGGAAAAAUAAGAAUAUUGGGAGGCGGCCUGGUGAGGAAGUUCCCGCUGGUGUAGAGUAA